AUGUCUAUCCACCUGGCAGCUAAUGUACGAGCACGAAAGAUCUCUGACAAGCCAAAAGUGCUCCUGGUCAAAGAUGCUGUUACCCGCCAUGCCCAUAUGAUGCAAACCGUCAAUCAAGCCAAGGUUAUAAUACCGAUGCACUGUAGAGACACCUCUUUGCAAUACGCCAGAUCACAACAUCUCUGUAAUUCAGAGGGGGUGCUGCAGUUCUGGUCAACGCCUCCACCUCGUCUUGGGUUGUAUCAAGUUCCUACGAUCCUGGUCGAGCCGUCAAGCGAUCGGUCUUUUGUGUUUGGCUUUCUCCGAACCCAUGAAGAGUUCGAAGGUUGA